CAGAUCCUCCAGUUUUCAGUUUUUAAAUUUGCCUCUCUUGUGCGCAUCAAAGUUAAUAGCAGCUGCCAUGGACAAUAGAAUUGAAUCUUCUGAAACUCUAAGGAACAAGUGUGGUGCAUGCUUCAGACAGUUUAACAAAGUGGAGCACUUGGUGGAUCACAUGAGGACCUCAUAUCACUCGGUUCAUGAGCCCAUGUGUGGAAUCUGUAGAAAGCAUUGCCGCUCUUUCGAAUCAUUAAGGGAGCAUCUUAUAGGCCCACUGCCAAAGGUGGAAUGUGCAAGAAUAUUUGGCGUCAGAGGAUGCAACAUCUGCUUAACCAUUCUCGACACCCCUAAUUCUCUUAGGGCUCACCGAGGAGCAUGCCAACUCUCCCGAGUGUCUCCCCAGGGUUUGCUUUCUCGAAUGUCCAACUUGGGAAUAAAAGACGAUCUUCUCAAAGUGGAUGGUGGAAGGAUAAGAGGUCCACAAGUAGUUGCACUAGGUUGCAAAAUGGUUGGUGGUGGCCGUGAUGGCUCACUGGAUCUCUGUGCUAGAGUUUGCCUCAUUGAUCAAGAUGAAAACAUCAUCUUCCAUUCUUAUGUGAAACCACAGAUUCCUGUCACCAACUACAGGUAUGAAACUACCGGCAUCCGCCCAGAACAUCUGAGAGAUGCAAUGCCACUGAAGCAAGUGCAAAGGAAGGUUCAAGACUUCCUGUGCAAUGGCGAACCAAUGUGGAAGAUUCGUUCCAGAAGUGGGAAAGCAAGGAUUCUUGUAGGCCAUGGCUUGGAUCAUGAACUUGAGCGCUUAGGAAUCGAGUAUCCUGCACACAUGAUCAGGGAUACAGCCAAAUACCCUCCCCUGAUGAAAACAAGCAAGCUCAGCAACUCACUCAAGUACCUUACUCAAGCAUAUCUUGGGUAUGAUAUCCAAACUGGAAUACAAGACCCGUAUGAGGAUUGUGUGGCUACGAUGAGACUUUACAUGAGAAUGAAAUCAAAAGUUCACCAGAUGGAAGAGUACCCGCUUGCUACGGAUGCACAAAAUCGCAACAACUUCGCUGUUUGGAGGCAGAACGAGCUCGAGAGGAUGACACCUGAUGAGCUAUUGGCCAUAUCAAGGUCCGACUACUACUGCUGGUGCUUGGAUUCCAUUAAUGUGCCAGAACAGUGAGCACCUCUGCUUGUUUAUCCGAUGCGUCAUAAGAAACAAUAUAAUAAGAUAUG